CAACACUCGGACUCAUAAUCUAAACACGACUCAUAUGUUUCAACCAAAACCAGUUCCCCGGAGAGGAACGUGCUGAGAGCCAGAGAAUCCGAUAGUACAGAGAAUAUAUAUAUAGUUUUAAAAACUGAACUGAAAUUGCGCUUGGCUGGUCAAGCGGCCGGUUAUCAUCGCUCGGCCCAAACAGUUGAUCUACAAAAGCAGCGGCAUCAACAACGCAAAAAGUGAAACCGAAUCACAGCACAGCCAACUCUGAACCGAUUCGGGGCUACUUCGCGGACUUAAUCACCCCCAAAAGGUCAUCACGACAGUAGCAAACAUGUGGUUGACCUUGAUCACGGCAGCUCUGAUCUUGCUCCUCACCUGGGACUUUGGACGCAAGCGCCAACGAGUCCUCGCCUUCGAAAAGUCUGGUAUCCCAGGACCCCUUUCGGUGCCGAUCCUGGGCUGUGGAUUGCAGGCUCUGCACUUGGGAGCGGAGAACAUUAUCGCAUGGGUGGGCGAACAGUUCGACCAGUAUGGCAAGACCUUCCGUUUUUGGAUCCUGGGGGAGUCCCUGGUCUACACGAAGGACCUCAAGUAUUUUGAGACCAUCCUGAGCAGCACCACACUCCUGGCCAAGGGUCAACUCUACGAAUAUCUACGCCCAUUCCUGAACGAUGGACUGCUUGUUAGCACGGGUCGAAAAUGGCAUGCCCGAAGGAAGAUUUUCACCCACGCAUUCCACUUCAAGGUCCUCGAACACUACGUGGAGAUUAUGGAUCGAAAUAGCGGGGUUAUGGUGGAUAAUCUGAGGAAGGUGGCCGAUGGUAAGACAACGGUGGACAUGCUCAAGUACGUGUCACUGGCAGCUCUUGACGUGAUAACAGAGGCUGCCAUGGGAGUCCAGGUGAAUGCCCAGAACGACCCCGAUUUUCCCUACAUCAAGGCGCUGAAGAGCGUGGUCUAUAUCCAACCGGAUCGCAUGUUCAGGUUCUCGUGGCGCUACAACUGGCUGUUCCCGCUGGCGGCACCUUUGCUGCACCGCCAACUGCUGAGCGAUAUCCGCGUCAUGCACGACUUCACCGACAAGGUCAUCCGCGAGCGGCGAGAGACCGUGCGGCGGGCUAAGGCCGACGGCACCUACCGACCGCUGAGUCUGGGCGAUGCCGAGAUCGGCAGCAAGUCGCAGAUGGCUCUGCUGGACAUCCUGCUGCAGUCGAGCAUCGACAAUCAACCCCUGUCCGAUGCGGAUAUACGCGAGGAGGUCGACACCUUCAUGUUCGAGGGCGAUGACACCACCAGCAGUGGUGUGUCCCACGCCCUCUACGCCAUCGCCAGGCAUCCCGCGGCUCAGCAGCGCAUCUACGAGGAGUUGCAGCGCGUCCUGGGCCCCGAUCCCUCUGCUCCAGUGACCCAAGCCCAGCUGCAGGACCUCAAGUACCUGGAAUGCGUGAUCAAAGAGACCAUGCGACUGUAUCCGCCAGUUCCGGCUGUUGGCAGGCACACGCAGAAGGAGCUGAAGAUCGGAAACAAGACCAUUGCCGCCGACACAAGCAUCUACCUGGUUCUGUACUACGCCCAUCGGGAUCCGGACUACUUCCCAGAUCCACUCAGCUUCAAGCCCGAACGUUUCAUGGACGGUGAAGAGCAGGGCCACGACACCUUUGCCUAUGUGCCCUUCAGUGCGGGACCCAAGAACUGCAUUGGCCAGAAGUUUGCCGUUCUGGAAAUGAAGGCCCUGAUCAGCAAGGUCCUCAGGUUCUAUGAACUGCUGCCCCUUGGAGAGGAGCUCAAGCCCAUGCUGAACUUCAUCCUGCGCUCAUCCUCCGGCAUAAAUGUGGGUCUCAGGCCCAGAAAGUCGUAGGGCCAUUCAAGUUUCCAAUUGCAUUGGGGUUUCGGUUAGAGGUAACUGGGAUGUUCGUGAUACAUAGUAUGUAAGCAUAAUUAUCUAAUCAUUAAAUACUUAAAACGCUGUUGAUUAUUAA